GCGGCCUUCUCACCACCGUCCCAAAAAAGGGGGCUCAGUGGGCGGAGUGUGCUACCUGUCCAUGGGCAUGGUCGUGCUGCUCAUGGGCCUCAUCUUCGCCUCCGUCUACAUCUACAGAUACUUCUUCCUUGCCCAGCUGGCCCGAGACAACUUCUUCCACUGCGGCGUGCUGUAUGAGGACUCGCUGUCCGCCCAGAUCCGGACGCGCAGGGAGCUGGAGGAGGACGUGAAGAUCUACCUCGAGGAGAACUACGAGCGCAUCAAUGUCCCUGUGCCCCAGUUCGGCGGGGGGGACCCUGCAGACAUCAUCCAUGACUUCCAGCGGGGCCUCACCGCCUACCACGACAUCUCCCUGGACAAGUGCUACGUCAUUGAGCUCAACACCACCAUCGUGCUGCCCCCCCGGAACUUCUGGGAGCUCCUCAUGAACGUGAAGAGAGGGACCUAUCUCCCGCAGACAUACAUCAUCCAGGAGGAGAUGGUGGUGACGGAGCACGUCAGCGACAAGGAGGCCCUGGGCUCCUUCAUCUUCCACCUGUGCAAUGGGAAGGACACCUACCGGCUGCGCCGCCGGGUCACACGCAGGCGGAUCAACAAACGUGGAGCCAAGAACUGCAAUGCCAUCCGCCAUUUUGAGAACACCUUCGUGGUGGAGACGCUCAUCUGUGGGGCGGUGUGAGGCCAUCUCCUUCCGGGCCCGCCCCUGCCCCGUUCUUUCUCCCCCAACUCUCUCUGGUCCCCUCCCUCCCUUCGCUUAGCUUGCACCGUGGGCACCUCUGCAUAGACCGACAUGUCCCGCCCUUUCUCCCAGCCCUGCCCGUCUCCCGGUGCCAGAACCAGGACCAGGACCCGAGCCCAAGCCUUAGCUGGCCUCCCAGAGGGCGGGCGGGGUCAGAGGGGACAUCCGGAAUGGUUUUCUGUGGCCUGUCAUCUUGAAGUCAGCUCCUCAGUACCUGGGCUGAGGGGAGGAGCGAGAGGGAGGAGCAGACACG